AUGGAUUUCACGUCGAAGGCUGCUUCAGACGCCUUCUCUGUAGCAAGGAGCUUCACCGAAGAAAGUCACAACGACACAUACCCAGCCAUAUCUUCCAACAAUGACAGCCACAUAGGCCGAGCCGUUUUCAUCAGCGGAGCUUCUAAAGGCAUCGGACGUGCAACAGCAAUUUCCUACGCUCGCGCCGGCGCCUCCCACAUCGCCAUCGCUGCACGCUCAUCGCUAGACGAGGUCGAAAAAAGCAUGCGUGCUGUGUCUACACAAACGCUUACCAUCCUAAAGCUUAGUCUGGACGUUACCGAUACAAACGCGGUAAAGGAGGCAGCUAGAAAAACGCUAGAGGCGUUUGAUGGCCGUCUUGAUGUUCUUAUUAACAACGCCGGAGCCCUAGAAAAUUGGGUCAAAGUUGACAAGGGCGACCCAAUAGCAUGGUGGUCUGUCUGGGAGGCAAAUCUCAAGGGAGUGUACCUGCUUACUCGCGAGUUUUUGCCUGCUCUGCUCAAGUCAGAUCUCAAGUGGGUUCUCAACGUGUCGUCCGCUGGUGCUCUGUUGACGGUACCGGGAGCCUCGGGUUAUCAAGGGUCGAAAUUCGCGAUUUUGAGAUUCACCGAGUUUUUGGCAGUGGAAUACGGGGCUGAGGGGCUGACAGUAGUUGCGGUUAAUCCCGGUGCUGUUCGUACGGACCUGGCACUGGGACUGCCUGAAUGGAUGCACGAUUUUUUGAAUGACACCCCCGAGCUGGCGGCUGACACGUUUGCGUGGCUGACGCAAAAGGGACGUCCCUGGCUGGGUGGACGGUAUGUGAGCGCCAGUUGGCAUAUGCCGGAAUUGGAAUCGAGGAAGAAUGAGAUUGUAGAGGGAGACAAACUGAAGAUGAGAUUGGUUGUUUGA